AUGAAUGACAUGAAUGAUGACGUUGGAGUAACCAUGGGAUACACAAAAGCAUGGAGAUCAAGAGAAAAAGCUUUGCAUCUUGUAAGAGGGAACCCUGAUGAUUCAUAUCAAAAGUUGCUAAUGUAUCUUUACAUGUUGAAGCAAGCAAAUCCAAGAACAAUAACACACCUACUCACAGACAAGGAAGAUAGAUUCAAAUACCUAUACAUAGCUUUCUCUAACUCAAUCAAAGACUCUGAAAAUGAUAAAUCUUGGCUUUGGUUCUUCUCCAAACUGAGAGACACAUAUGGAGAACCCGAAGGAUUGGCUAUUGUUUUCGACAGACACAAGAGCACAGACAAUGCAGUACAUAUAGUGUACCCAAAUGCUUUCCAUGGAGCUUGCAUGUUUCACUUGCUCAAUAAUUUGAAAAGCAAGUAUGGAAGCCUUGGAGAAGAGCUACAAAUGAAUGUCAUUGCAGCAGUAAAAGCAUACACAAAAACAGAAUGCGAACACUACAUGAGAGGCCUUGAUAGACUUGACAGACGCAUUAGACCCUAUUUAGAGAAAGUCAAGUAUGAAACUUGGGCAAGAUCAUACUCACCAACAAAAAGAUACACCAUGAUGACAUCCAACAUCGCAGAAUCGCUCAAUGCUGCACUAAAAGCUGCAAGAAAUCUCCCUAUUGAUAUCUUGGUUGAAUGCCUUACAAGUUUGGUUCAAAAGUGGGUUUGGAACAACUCAAAUAAUGCAAACGGAACAUUCACAAAAGUCUCUACAGCAACAGAAAAUGAGUUGAAACAUGACAUUGUUUCGAAAAUGAAGUUUCAAGAAGAUGAAAUGUCUUGUGGGCAUGCAGUAGCUGUAAUUGCAAAGAGAAACUUGAGAGUGUAUGAUUACUGUGCAAAGUUUUACAAAACAGAAACAUUGAAAGCAUUGUAUGAAGAAAAUGUUAAUCCGUUGCCCCAUAAAGACGAAUGGAAUCUCCCACAACACUUAGACAUAGUGGUGCUCCCUCCAAAGGCAACAAUCCAUGCAGGAAGACCAAGAAAGAAAAGAUUAUGA